AUGCUCAAGGGCAUGUGUCUUUGCGUGAGCAGCAGCAGCCGAGUGCACAAGCAGCAGCGGUCGGGAAUACAGAGAGUGGGGAUGUGGGGAGGGGUGGGGUUUGUGGAGGGGAGCAGCAGGGGAGCAGGAGGCAGCAGCGAGGCAGGGGUGGUGUGGGAAGGGCGCAUGCAGCAGCAGCAGCAGCAGCAGCAGCAGCGAGGAGAGGGAAUGCGAGGGCAGCUUAAAACAGCUGAGAGACCUGUGGCAGCAGCAGCAGGCUCUGCACAUGCAGCAGGCUUAGCGCAAGGGGCACAAAGCUUGCAAGCAACAGCAGCUGAGAGCCCCUACCAGCAUGAGCAGCAGCAACAGCAGAACGAGUGUGAUAAAAUGGGUGGCUCCAGCAGCAGCGCUGGGCUGGAUAGACCAUCGUGGGUGCUCGCAGCAGCACGGCCGUUCACAGAGCACCGGGAAUUUACCCUUGAUCGCGGACCGCUGGACCUGGCAGAGGCGGACUGCAGUCGUAGUUUGGACGACAUGCCGCUGCUGCAGGUGGUGCGGCUGCAGCAGCUGUACCGCCGCUGUUGCAAUGAUCGGGAGGCCACACGGAUACUGGUGAAAAUCCACCAGCGGGUGGCCCUGCCAUGCGCCACCUUCCUCUUUGCCAUCCUUGGAGCUCUCUUUGCUGCGCAGCUGCAGAUCAGAAAGCGACAGGUCGGCUUCGCUCUUGCGGUGUUUGUCAUCUUCACCUACUACUCUCUCUCCGUCACUGGCGCCCUUCUAGCCCAGCUGCAUGUGAUCAGUCCGCUGCUGGGUGGAUGGUUGCCAAAUCUCGUGGGUGCAUCACUGGCGCUAGUCUUGUUGCGCUUGGGAGAUAAUGUGCAGUAA